AUGGAUUCGCUUGACAAAAGGCCAACGAUCGCCGCUGCAUUGGAGCAGAGAAACUUCAUCACCGAGCCAUUCACUUCACAGUUUCUUCAGAGAAUGACGCUUGCCAAUUCGCAGUUACCAAAGCGGAGGAAACCUGUGUUCGUCGUGGGCGAUGAGAGCAACGACGAAAUUAUCCUAGGAGAGGCGGAGGAGUUUCCCAACAUCCUGCCUCCACAGCAAACUCACGACGAACCGGAUCUGGAGGAAACGCCUGAGGCGUUCUACACUCAGCGGAAUCAUCCGAAAUUCUAUACCCGCAAUCUGGAAAGAGUCGUAAACAAGAGAAAGGCCUGGUCGAAGCCGUCGCCCGACCUCAGCGAGCUGUUCUUCGUGGCUGCCGCUCCGAAAAAGUUCGACGACCUUGCUGUUAAUCCCAGACAACUCAAUAAGCUGAAAACCUUGCUAUCUGUUGGUAGUACAUAUGGGAAGGUAAUACUUGUAACUGGACCAUCGGGCUCAGGUUUGACCAUAUUUUCUCGAGGGAAGACAGCGGCUAUUGACGUGAUUGCUAAGUCACUGAAACUUGAUGUUCUGAAAUGGGAACAUUCCAAGAACCUUGAGUUUACGGAGUAUGGAGGAGAUCGUUACCUGAGAGAGACAAUGAAUAUCACCGAGGUGGAUUUCUAUCCUGUUGCGGCCACAUUUAUGCGAAAAUGCUUGAGACGAACCGUGGAUCAAAUGGGUUUUCGCAAUAGGGUUAACUCUCCGCCCAGGAUUACCGUGCCGUCGAGAAAAUUGCCAACGGUCAGUCAGGCUUAUCUUCUUUCACUGUUUCAUAUGCUGGGUGCACUGUUGUAUGCUAAACGGAGAAAUGAUAACCCAAGAAUUUCUGGGAUAGAAAGUACUGUGCGAGAGGAACUUCGACGUCCUCCUUCUACUAGAGAAAUAAAUGACAUCCUCGAUAUGUCAAGAGCAUCUGCAGAUACGGUUAUGAUGUUCUUGUAUGAGCACGAGCCUAAAUUUUCGGGUACAGUAAGCGCCACUCAGAAAGCCUUCGAUGCCAUCGAUAUUCCUUUCCUGUCCUUGAUCCAGCCAUCAUUAACCGGAAGUCAAUACCGACUAGUUACCUAUCUUGCAAGACCUUGGACAUUCUCAUGGAGUACAGAAAGAGCAUUGUGGGACCAACGAAUUGCUACGGAUCCAUCAUAUCGUAUGGCACAGUUGAGGGAAUCUGUUGCUGAAAAAUCUCUUAUGAGGUGUUACCAAGGACUGGAAGAAUCGGAAGAUGAAAGGUUUUCUAUUGAGGAUUCAGAUGAAGCGAUUCAAAGUGACGACAGUUUCGACGAACCAGUAACAUUUAACUAG